GGUUAACAUUUGAAGAAAGAAAAAAGCGCCACCUCCGGGCGUAUUUCUCUUUCGUACGUGUUCCCUGGCCGCAAACUGAAAGCUAGCCAACCAACCUCUUCCCUCAUGUCUGCCACCAUCGCAACGCCGACGCCCCUCCAACUCCAAAUCCGUGUGGCACCAGAUGCCCCGCGAACACGGUGGCGCGCGACCACCUGCAGGGCGAGGCCGGCGUCGUUGCCGGACGCGCAGGUGGUGACGGGAAGGAAAGGGGUGAGUGAGUACGUGGAGGCGGCGCAACAGCUGACGCGGUGGCCUGACGGCGGGCCUCCCAGGUGGUUCUCGCCGCUCGAGUGCGGAGGCGCCGGCGGGCGCAUCUCCGGCGCUCCGACGCUGCUUUACCUGCCCGGAAUUGAUGGAGUUGGUUUAGGUCUGAUCCGGCACCAUGAGGCGUUAGCAAAGAUCUUCGUUCUAUGGUGCUUGCAUAUACCCGUCAAAGACCGAACAUCCUUCGAAGGACUAGUUGAGUAUGUUGAGAGGACAGUCAAAUUAGAGAGCUCAAGGGCACCAGACAGACCAGUUUAUCUUGUUGGAGAAUCUAUUGGGGCAUGCAUUGCUCUCGCCGUGGCGGCACGAAACAGAGACACUGACUUGGUGCUGAUCCUAGUCAACCCAGGGACAUCUUUCCAUAAGUCAAAAUUACAGUCUCUCUCGGCCUUCUUAGAUUUGAUCCCUGAGCCUUUCCAUUUGAACAGCCCAGAGUUCUUGAAUUUCCUCACAGUGCUUUUAGAGAACUUCAUGCAGAUGCUGUUAACUUUUAUUGGACGUGGUACCUAUCUUGAAGAAGGUGGUCAAGCAUUGUCAGAGUUUCUAGUUGAUGUUCUGCCACGUGAAACAAUUGUUUGGAAGUUGCAAAUGUUGAGAAUAGCGUCAUCAUUUGUCAAUUCUCGUUUACAUGCAGUAAGAGCCCAAACUUUGGUGCUUGCUAGUGGGUACGAUGUACUGCUGCCAAGCCGCGAAGAGGCUCAAAGGCUCCAAAGCAUGCUUGAGAACUGUAGAGUUCGUCAUUUCAGGGAUAAUGGCCACACAAUUUUGUUGGAGGGGGGAUUUGAUAUAGUGACCACCAUUAAAGGAGCCGGAUACUAUCGCCGCUCUAGCCAGACGGACUUCAUUGCGGAUUAUCUGCCGCCGACUCCCAGUGAGCUCAAAAAAAUUCUUGAUUCUUUCGGGUACCAUUUCUCGUCGCUGACUUCUUUAGCUACCUAUGUUUUUUUAAGACUAUUAUUGGUUACAAUUAAUUUCUGGAACUUUAGGAUCUUAAAUUUUGCCAACUUGGUGAUGCUGUCAACACUGCCUGAUGGGAAGAUAGUGAGGGGACUUGCAGGCCUACCUGAGGAGGGUCCUGUUGUGCUUGUUGGAUACCACAUGCUCAUGGCACUUGAAUUGGUACCUCUGGUUGCAGGAGUGCUCAGUAGCACUGGAAUCAACUUGCGAGGCUUAGGCCACCCCUUCUUGUUCAACAAGUAUUCAGAGCAGCUCUUGCCAGAGUCGUCUCUCUUUGAUGUUUGUCGGAUCUUGGGUGCUGUGCCCGUUACAACAUUCAAUUUUUACAAGCUUCUUUCUGAGAAGCACUUUGUGUUGCUAUACCCAGGAGGUGCACGUGAAGUUCUUCAUAGGAAGGGAGAGGAAUACAAGUUGUUUUGGCCGGAGCAGCCUGAAUUUGUGAGGAUGGCGUCGAGGUUCGGAGCAAAAAUAAUACCAUUUGGAGUCGUUGGAGAAGAUGAUAUAUGUGACGUGCUGUUAGACUACAAUGAUCUUCUGAAGCUUCCAUUUUAUGACAUCAUGGACAAGAAGCUAAAUAAAGAUAGUGUGAAGCUCAGGGCUGAUUGUACUGGAGAGAUACAAAAUCAGCCAAUUCAUCCGAUGGUGGUUUUGCCAAAAGUACCAGGGAGGUUUUAUUUCAUCUUUGGGAAGCCUAUUGAAACAAGAGGGAGGGAGAUGGAGCUAACAGAAAAAGAGAACGCCCAACACAUGUAUUUGCAUGUCAAAUCUGAAGUGGAGAACUGCAUCAAGUAUCUGAAGGAGAAACGAGAAGAGGACCCCUACAGGAGCAUACUACCCAGGCUUCUCUACCAGGCGGUUCAUGGUCAUAAUGCAGAGAUACCCACAUUUGAAUUGUGAACCCUGUGUUGUUCACUCCCAGAAUAUGUACUAUAAUUAUAUAGGAUCUGUUCUUGUACCCUUGAUUUUUACUAUUUGUAAAACUGUUUUGCCUUACCAGAAUUGUUCAUUGAUAUUUGAGCAGUAACAUGGAAAUAAAUCUUUAGAAAAGGAA